UCGGAUGUCCAGUUGAGUUCCGACCACGGACCUGCAAACAUCGCAAAAUCUACGCCGGAAAAUUUAGUGAUUUUAGUUAAAAACAUCUUGUGAUUUUUAUCCUAAUUAAAUUGUUGUGAUUUUCCGGAUACUGAUUUUGAAAUAAAAGUUGCCAGAAAUUGAUGUCAGAUAUAUAGGCAUGUACAUUGUUCAAGGUUGGUAAAUGAGUGAAUUAGCGGUUUAAUUUUAAAUCCUGCAGGCUAGGAUGAAAUUGAAAAUUUUUGUUUCCUUACUCACAUUUCUGUCCUACGCUUCCAGUAUAACGAUAGGACGUGAUGGAGGAUAUAGAAAUAUUGUUGUUAAAAUUGGCGACAAUGUGCCAGAAGACGAUUGUCAUAAAUACAUACAGAAUUUGAAGGAGAUGUUAACGGAAGCAUCUGGAGUAUUAAACGAGGGACUUGAACGCCGAGUUUACUUUGCUCAGAUCACCCUGGUUCUCCCAUCAUACUGGAGAGAUGCUAGAUGUCACAUGUCAGUUCCUUAUCCUGCAUCAGGGGUAGCUUAUCAGUUUCAGGAAUGGUCCAAGUACAGAUAUGGAGUAUUUGAUGAGCAUGGUUACCCAAACGACCCUCUUUACCCAAACUUUUUCAAAAUUCAAGAUAAAAUUCUACCUACAGGGUCUUACGAUACCCCCGUCCUAGGAGUAUGGUUACACCCUAAUGGUAGUGAAGGUUGCUCCCCUGCCUCUGGAAGCUGCUACUUUAACCCUGAAGGAGAAAAUGAUGCUGUUCAGUGCUCCCUGGGCAAUAUGCCCUUCCUUCCUGGAGUAAAAUCCUGGUGCCCAACCGACGACCGAAUGCUGAUGUCCCCCUCAAAACACAACAUUCUCUGCGGGGCACGAAGCGCAAAAACGGUUAUUCUCAACAAUCCUGACUUUGCCGAGCUGAGCGGAGAGAAUCAACUCCAGCGAAGUCUGAUCCCAAGGUUUGAUAUUGUCCGUGAACCGUUGCCGAAGUACGUCCUGAUCAUGGAGACCUCCUCCGCCUUGGCGGAUGUGUGGAAGUGGGUGAGGAAGUCUACCCAGAACCUGAUCAGAUACGAGGUCCCGGACAACAGCAACCUCGCCGUGGUCACCUUCAACUCGGACUCCAGGGUAGAGCAUAGGAUGGUGCAGUUGACAAUGGAGAGUGUAAGAAGCCGGAUGGCGGAUACUAUUCCUGAUAGUCCUAACAAGCUUGAUACUAGUACAGAGGGAUGUGUUACAUGUGGUAUUCAGGUUGCAAUGGAGCAGGUUUUGAAGGAUAACGAAGCUGGUGGACAUCUUAUAAUCAUCACGAAGGAGACGGAGAACUCCUUGACCAACAUCCAGGAGCAGAACAUCGAAACGGUCAUCAGCAACUUCGGGGUCAGAGUGUCAAGCAUCGUGUUGGCCGGUCAACGGCAAAACCAGUUUUACGAGACGAUUGCUGCAAGCUCCGGUGGUGUUUACAAACGGAUCUCUGGAACAUCAAACUUGAUGGAGAUGUACUCGGACUUCAUCGAAGCCAUGCGGGAUGUAGUCGCAAAAGACACAAAGGAUCCUAAUAAUCACCCGCUCACGGUCUACCGGCAGUUUAUUUAUCGACAAGACUCAGAACCAACAGUCGGCGCUUUUGACAUCGAUGCAACUCUCGGGCGACAAACUGAAUUCGGGAUUUAUGUCGAAGACGACGAGGAUCAUCAGAUAAAAUCGGUCGAGUUCAGUGAUGUCGACGGGAAUGUGUACGGACCGUUCAGCAAAAUGUCGUCUUCUUUCGAUGUUGUAAACUUCAAAACUAUCAACUUUAAUGUGGGAGAGGAACCACCCUUUGAUGCGAAGCGUGGAACUAGAUGGGAGUAUAAAAUUGAAUGGUAUGACAUCAACGAGCGUCGCGAGAACGUAGUGACCGUGAGGUCUCGACCCAGCCAGCCCAGCGAGACCGGCCUCAUUCAUGUUUCUACCUGGACCAACCUUGAGGAGCCAGAUAACCUGCUAGCUGUUUAUGUCAAGGUUUGGCGUGGUGAUAGCCCUGUACUGAAUGCUCGUGUACUUAUUGACCUUGAGAUAGAGGUAGACUCGGAGGACAUCCUCCAGGAUAUAUCGGAGGAGCAGAGGACAGCAUUCAAAGACCUUCUACUCACUGAUAAUGGAUUCGGAGAGCCUGAUAUUGUAGCUGGAGACGGAGUGUACAGUCGGUACAUAACAAAUUACCCUACAACAGGAAAAUACAAAUAUAAGGUUCGGGUAGAUGAUAACAACGACCUGGCAAUGACUGUUACCCCUGGACCUGCUACAGUUUACAAACCCCCCAAAGUUGGCAUCAAUACAUGUUGUGGGUCCCGAAUACCUAUACCUGCUGAUCGAAAGGAAAAAAUAGGGCUUUUCCGUCGAACCAUUGACGGACCUUCAAUCACCAUCUCAAACCUCUCCCCUUCAGGAGAUCAUAUUCGACCAGGGAAAAUUGGAGAUCUUGAGAUACGUGUCAUAGAGCAUCAGCAACUUAUGGCUCGUUGGACAGCACCCGGGGACGACUUCAAUGACGGAGAAGUGAUGACCUAUCGAUUUGUAUUCUCCCAGAAGAUCGAAGAACUGAUCACACCUUCGACAAAUGCUCCCGCUCUGGACGGUCUGAAGCGUAAUGACACAAGUGGAGAGAGGGUUAAUCAUGUGAUAAAUUUUGAGUACUAUGGUCAGGAUUACUAUGUAGGAUUAUACGCUUCUGAUGAGGCUGGGAACAAAGCUGUCAUGUCAAACAUUGUACUAGUGAACGUCCCGCCACCCCCAGCACCAACCGACGACUCCGGUCUAAUUUUGCCAAGUUCCAACAUUCUUGAAGACACUACGGACUGGGCAAUGGUUGGAGGUAUUAUUGGUGGUGUUGCUGUCCUUCUUCUUCUUCUUCUUCUUGGACUCUACUUCCAUUUCUGUAGAACAAGAUCAAAGUUUUCUAAGGCUAUGUUUGCCAGUGGACUAAAAAAUAGCGGAGUAAAGGUUCAGAUACCUUCUCCUCCUGGGUCUGAGAACACAGAUAGUAGCAGCUAUGAGUCGGAUAUGAAAGGAGCGACCAGUAACCAUCUAGUUGCUGGUAUACAACAUCCGAAGAUCUCCAGCACAAGCUUCGCGAACAAUCUGACCCCGACCUAUUGGAGCGCGUCCCAGCUUCUCUCGGAGCAUGAUGCACGACGCCGCGAUGAGGAUGAGGAGGUGGAUGGGGAGAGGGGGUACCCUGACGUCAUCAACUACAACCCGUCCAACAACUAUGGGGGAUACUAUCAGGAACAGUUCUAUGAUCAGUAUAAUACAAGGAGAUACUCUACUGCUAGCAGGGAUCAAGGCUACCAGGUUUACGGUGGUGUUGGUUACAGACCAGAAUACGGAACCACGGGAUACUGGAACCUGGAUCAAGAGAACCUGGGAUAUGGGAACCUGGAUCAAGGCUAUGGGAACCUGGAUCACGGAUACGGACACCAGGAUACAAGGGAUUAUAUCGUGGAUCCAGGUCUAAAUAAAUCCAAUCAGAGGCUUGUCAAUAGUGAUCUGUCUUCUUCCACUCUUGGUAUUACGAAUCCAAGUCUCCAUGGCUCCCAGCUCUCUCUGAGUUCUUCCAGACUUCAAGCAAAGAACAGAAAUAUCACCCAAGUGUAAUCAUAGAAUCCAGAUUCUAGAUUCCAGAUUCCAGAUUCCAGAUUCCAGAUUCCAUUUUCUAGAUUCUAGAUUCUAGAUUCU